AUGGUUUACACCCAUUUCGGCCGCAUAACAAAGCAGUGGUGCGGAUCCACUCACCUUCGUAUUGGCAGCCGCGGUCAGCCGCGACCGAACAAGGGCUUCAGUGUAAAACAGUUUGCUACCGUAGGAUCGGCGCUCGAGUGUUGUAGAUGGUGGAAGUUCUUAAGACGCGGCACAUUAGCGAGAAUUUUGAAUCUUCAAUCGCCUUCAGCUGAGGCUUCGGAUCCAGUGACGUCUACCCACAUUCACAAUGUGGAGAAGGGCCGUGCGAAGCUAAGCGAUGAUCAGUUGUCGGUGCUGAGUUCAUAUUUGGGAGUAAGUUUCCAGCCCCGUAAGGCACCUCGUUAUCGGCGUAUAUAA